AAACUUUUCUGCAUAUGUUGUAUAUUGCAAUCGAAAAUACUUUAUGUUUAGAACUUGAAUUAAUAAUAUGGGAAAUAACAGAUGUAAUCAAACAAAAAAAGUUUCUAAGAAACAAUUUAAAAGUGAACGUGAUGUUUAUGUUACAUCAAAGUCAAGUUUUGAGACACAAGUAAAGUACUGUACAGAUAUUUUCAAUACAGGCGAAAAAGUUAUAUAUCUUCAUUGCAUGGGAAGUUCUAUUAACCGUUGCCUUAACUUAGCUUUACACAUUAUCAAAAAUUCCGGUCAGAGAUUAUUAUACUCUAUACAUACAUCAACAAUUCAAUUAAUUGAUGAAACUCAUCCUUUACACGAGAAUGAAGACAUUGCCUUAAGAACACGUUUUAAUUCUGCUUUACAUAUAAAGUUAUCACGCCAUCUAACGGAAUAAAAUUCGAUCUGCUUAACUAUGUUCAAAUUGUCAGAACUUGUUCGUUGGCUCGGCCUAACCGAAUUUGAAAUAUUGGUUAACCUAUGCGGAAUGCUUACAUUUACAAUCAUACUCGCAUUGAAAAUAUCUGGAACUUAUUCAAAUUCUGUAAUCGA